UUUCGCUUCUUAUCUUUUUCCCUCUCUAUACUUUACCCCUCUCGAUCGAAACAGAAACUUUGCGUCCACGUUUUGUCUUCUCUCUCUCGUUAUCAUCCGAUUAAUCUCUGGAGUUCUUUUAGUGAUUCUGCUUCUAUGCCAUUGUACUAAGAAAAUGGGACUAGUUAAGGGAUGUUGGAUAUUACAACGAGUGGUUCCAAGUGAUAAGUCUGCAAACUCCUACAACGUCUCUCUUCUCUUAUCUCCUGUCGUAUCUUUUUGGGAUUGUAUUGUUCGUAAAAUGAGGUAUACCUACGUACCUGAGUGGGUGUAGUACUCAUUGCGUUUGGUUCACAAGCAAAGAAGAAGCAAGUUCACUUUUUUUUUUCCUUCUAAGAUUGUACAAGUUUUAGUUUUUUUUUAUUCGUUGAAGUGUGUCCUAAAGCUAGACGAAGAAGAGUGUUUUUUUUUUUUCAAGUAGUCAUGGAUGAUAACUGUAGCACACUGCGUAAACAAGCUCAGCCGAUUGUUGGAAAAGGGAAUAAUAAGAAGCAAGGAAAAGAUGAAGUGGAUAGAAUCAAACAAGCCGAGAAGAAAAAGAGACGUCUUGAGAAAGCUCUUGCUAAUUCUUUAGCGAUCAGGGCUGAGCUAGAGAAGAAGAAGCAAAUGAGAAAAGAAGGACAUCAAGAAGCAGAUGAAGAAAGCUGGGCAAAGGAGAAGAAGCAGGAGAAAGACGAGCUGGAUCGUAUCAAACAAGCGGAGAAGAAAAAGAUUCGUCUGGAGAAAAAUCUUGCUAAUUCUGCGGCUAUCAGGGCUGAGCUAGAGAAAAAGAAGCUUAAAAAGCUAGAGGAACAAAGAAGAUUGGAUGAGGAAGGUGCCUCUAUUGCAGAGGCUGCUGCUCUGCAUGUCUUACUUGGCGAGGACUCUGACGACUCGUAUCGAACCAUGCUAAACCAAGAGACGGGUUUCAAGCCAUGGGACUAUACUGCUAAACUCAAUAGCGGAAGAAACGGAUUCUUUCCUCACCAAGCGGUUUACAGAAGCAGAGUAAGAGACUGUAACUCGUCAGUCUCAUAUGAGCCUUUUGCAAGGGGAUGGGAUAACAAUAACUUUGGAAUAUCGGCUGAUUUGAUUGCUGCUCAAGCUGUGUCAUCACUGCAGAUUUCUGAGGAUGCCUGUGUGGACCCAGUUGUCUUCAAUGGGAUGUUUAGAAGAUGACAGUAGCACCGUAUUCCCAGAGAUUUAGUACUACUUCUUUAUCUCUAUUAAUAUUUAUAACUACAGUGAUCUCGUCUACACUUGCUCAUCACCGUAUCCUUGACGCUUGAAGACACAUGAGGUUGAAGCUGCACAAGUCUCUGUCACUCCCAUCCUUCACUUGUUCCAAAUGAUGUCCUAAAAGAAGACUUUGGGAAAUAUCAUAAAGAAAUGCAAGCUUAUAUUAUUUUCAGUUAGAAUCUACUUGGGAGAGUCAUGCUUGUCUCUUAGGUGACAUAUAUUAGUUUUGCUGCAAAUUUAUUUGCUCGUCUUUACACCCAACUCAUCCGCGAGAUCAGUAUGUUUGAAAUGAUAAUGUCAUGCGUUUCAUGAACAUUCAUUAUGGCAGGACUUAUGCUUGGAGUUGCAUUAGAAUUAAAUAUCUAAACACAGUAACGAAAAUUUGUUGUACCUUAUUCUUG